AUGGCGGAGGAGAUGGUUGACGGUCGGCGACCGUCAAUGUACGAUCCAGCUCGGGACAUAUUUGCAAAAGAGCAGAAAGACGACGGGUCCGCAGAACGCGGUACAACACACGAUACUUCUGCUAGCCAUGAAGGGGAAACAGCUGCUACUGUUCCUACGUCAACGGCUAUCUCACAGGCUGUUCCAGGCUCACAUUAUGAGCGCCCUCCUACCACGACCUACGCUCCACCCUCAACCGUUCAUACCAAGCCUGAAGUGAAACUUACUUCCAAGCCAGACGCCGUGAAGAACGACCCCAGAGAGCGCCCCGACGUGAAGGUCCUUCAGCCUAUUCUCGACGAGACCGUUCUCCACAAGGCCGCACUCGCGAUUUACGAGAUUCUCGCUCGGUAUCACCUAGCCGACGAGGAACUGAUUUUCGACGAUCUCGUUCGCCAUUCCCCCGUCAAAGAUCUGUUACACCUGAAGCUGAAGCUCGGCAGAGGAAGAGACCUGGUGGCGGAGCGCGAUUGGGGACCGCUGGGAAGGAUCUUCUUCGACGUCGUCAGGAAGAACGAGAACAAGCUCAACAACGUGAUGUCGAAAGAGAUUUACGGGAUCGUGGUGUUCACGAUGUCGUUCGCCAACACUACAAUGCUGUGCCGGAGCGAGGACGGGAAUGGAGAAAGACAGAUAUUCUCACCAGAUGAGGAAUUUCUAGCAAGCAAGACCGGAACCAAGGAAUGGGCUGCCGAAGCUGGAAGUCCGCCUGUGGAGCGAAAGAAGCUCUUGGUAGUUGACCUAGGCUGUGGUAAGGGAGGAGAUCUUGGUAAAUGGCAACAGGCUCCUCAGCCGGUUGAUCUCUACGUCGGACUCGAUCCUGCCGAAAUUUCCAUCGAUCAAGCUCGGGACCGGUAUAACACGAUGAGGAAUCAACGGAACCAACGAAACAGACGCGGCAAUGCUCUUUUCCAUGCUGAGUUCCAUCCCAAGGACUGCUUCGGUGAAUGGUUGGGAGACCUUCGCAUUAUACAGGAAGUUGGCAUCGACGCUAAUGUCGGUCCUGACGCUAACCUUAUGAACGCCCGAUGGGGUGGCGGUGGGUUCGACGUCGUUGUCAGUAUGUUCACGAUGCACUAUGCCUUUGAAUCAGAACAAAAAGCGCGACAGAUGCUACAGAAUGUAGCCGGUKCCUUAAAAAAGGGCGGGCGAUUUAUCGGCGUUGGACCAAAUUCAGAUGUGAUUAGUGCUAAGGUUGCGCAAUACCACAAAGAGCAUAAAGUCGAAAAGGAGGCUGAGCCGAAAGACGAAGUCGCUGCGGAGGAUGGUGAGGUAGCAGAAGAAAAGAAGUUGGAAUGGGGGAACAGCAUCUAUCGAGUGCGAUUCCCAGGUGCUACUCCCGAGGAUGGGGUGUUCCGUCCUCCAUUUGGUUGGAAAUACAGUUAUUUCAUGGAAGAAGCCGUCGAAGAGAUUCCGGAAUACGUUGUGCCUUGGGAAGCUUUCCGAUACCUCACUACAGAAUACAAUCUUGAACUCGUAUACCGCAAACCAUUCUUGGAAAUUUGGCAUGAAGAGAAAGAUGACCCUGAACUUGGCCCUUUGAGUGAACGGAUGGGUGUCCGUGCUCGUGGCGGAGGCGAACUACUUGUCAGCGAUGAGGAGCUCGAUGCAGCUAGCUUCUAUCAUGCUUUCGUUUUUCAAAAGGUUUAG